AAGAUGCCACUCUGUUUCUCCAGCAAUGGCUUCACACUGCGUUCAGCACAGCUGCGAUGGUUCCAAAAAAUCUAUCCUUUUCAACAACUGCCCAUCAGCCAAGCUCACUUCAAUCUCAGCCUUUUCAAUUCCUCAUCAGCUCUUCUGCUAAAAUUCUCUGAACCCGCUAAGCUUAACACUAGCAGACAGAGGUUCUGCUCUAUAACGGCUUCGAAUGCCCCAACCGUCAAAGCUGAAACCACCCCGUCAACAUUCCGGGAGAAAAAUCCGAGAGACGUAAAUGUUCUGGUAGUGGGUUCAACUGGUUACAUAGGGAAAUUCGUGGUUAAGGAAUUGGUGAACAGAGGUUUUAACGUCAUCGCCAUUGCCAGAUAUAGGAGCGGAAUUACAGGCGAGGGCGAAGGGGCCAAUGUACGCUUCUCCGACGUCACCCAUCUGGGCUCUCUGGAAAACUGUCUGGAAAGCUUCGGAUCUUCAAUCGACGUUGUUGUUUCCUGCCUUGCUAGCUGUACCGGUGGCGUCAAGGACUCGUGGAAGAUUGAUUAUGAGGCCACAAAGAAUAGUCUCGUGGUUGGUAGGAGAGGAGGGGCUUCGCAUUUCGUUCUUUUCUCAGCAAUUUGCGUGCAGAAGCCGCUUCUUGAAUUCCAGCGUGCUAAGUUGAAAUUUGAGGCUGAACUGAUGAGAGAAGCCGAGGAAGAUGAGAAUUUCACUUACAGCAUCGUAAGGCCGACCGCAUUCUUCAAGAGUUUGGGUGGGCAGGUCGAAACAGUCAAAGAAGGGAAGCCUUACGUGAUGUUUGGAGACGGGAAACUCUGUGAGUGUAAGCCCAUCAGUGAGCAGGAUUUGGCUUCAUUUAUGGCUGACUGCGUGUUGAGUAAAGAUAAGAUUAACCAGGUUCUCCCAAUUGGCGGUCACGGGAAGGCAUUGACAUCAUUGCAGCAGGGGGGAUAUUCUGUUUAGGCUUCUGGGGAAAGAACCCAAGUUCUUGAAAGUUACGAUUGGGAUAAUGGAUUUUGCAAUUGGGGUUCUUGAUUUUCUUGUGAAGAUCUUCCCUUCAAUGGAAGAUGCUGUUGAGUUUGGGAAAAUUGGGAGGUAUUAUGCUUCUGAGAGUAUGUUGGUUUU